AUGGCGGGGAGCUUCCUUACCACAAAGCCGGUUACCAUCAACAACAACAUCUCCCCAAAGCAUCCCCUGGUCUUCAUGCACCAGGCGAAGUCGGGGGGUACGUCCCUUCGUGCUUCGCUACACGAGGCGGCGCACCGCCUCAACCUCAAGACUUACAUCCCUUGCCAUGAUGUGGACUGCCAGGAGUACAACACCGUCGGCCAAGUGGCAGCCAUUUACGGUGGCCACUUCUGCUGGAAGUCCAUGGUGAAGGAUUUCUAUUCCCGUGGCGUGAACCAGUUCUCCUGUGUCACCAUCUUUCGCGAUCCGGUGCCCCGCGUUCUGUCCUGCUACUCGUAUCGCCUGGUCGGAAAGCUUGGAUCUGCUCCUACGUGCGUCGCUGAUGUUCCACCUGAACAGCUCAAGAGUGAGCUUCAGGGUCACGCCUGCGUUGAUGAGCCCUUCCGCAGGAUUGGCGAUUGCAACGCAGCGGGUGAGAUCGAGCAUUUCCAUACCGACCAGGAGCAUGUGCAGGGUUGGAGCCUGACACUCUCUCACCUGUCCCAGUGCGUUCCGCUGAUCAUCGAGGAGCCGGAGUCGUACAAGGUGGCAGCUGCGGCGUUCCCCCAGCUAGCAGAAGCCUUCCUGGAUCUCGGAAAGGUCAAGCUGAACAAGAAUAAGGAGUACGACGAGCACUGCCAUCCAACGCAAGCACAUCUGCGGGCCGUUCGCGCAGUCACUUCGCAAGAGUCCAGGAUCUACAAGGCCGCAAGGAAGCGCAUGUGGCAAUUGCACAGGCUCCUUGUGAAGUGA